AUGGCUUCCUCGUUCAACGACAGCACUAUCGGCCCACGAGCGUCCCCAACCUUAUUCCCUACCCGAACAAUUGCCUGUCGAAAUGAACCCUUCACGCAGCACAAGAUCACGGCGCCUUCCUGCGCAAUGCCGACCAAACCUUGCCAGUAUAUGCAGGCCCAUCAGCAGUGGAAUACAACCAGAUACGCUCCACAGUUGCAUAGACAUCCACAGGACCAUCAGGCUCCACUCAUGGACACACCCAUACCCCUAGAAGGACAUAUUUUCUCUUGGACAGCGAGAAGACAAGGGGCCGGCGGAAUCAAUGCCUCGCUCGACGAGGCGCUGGAAGAUUUUAUCGCUGGCGUCGACGCAGAGAUGAAGGGUGGAUUGGCUCUGAUGCCGCCCGACCCGUCAUCAGGUAGCAACUGGCCUGGAAGGGAUGUUGAGGAGUUGGGCGUCGGCAGGGGAAUAGUUGUGGAGUGGAUGGAGAUGCAGUGA